GCUUUCGAAUCCUUUGAUUUCCAAUUCCCAUGUGUUCACUUAGUUAUAUUUAUGUGCCUAUUCAGGUGUCUUUUGGUAUUGUAAUCAUUUUCUAAAAAUAAAAUGGCUGAACAAAGUUCCACCAAUGAAAUAAAAGAAGAAAAAACAGAAGAAGGAGAAGAAGAAGUAUUGGCUCGGCACAGGAAGGAAAAAAAAGACAUCCAAGCCAAAAUUCAAGCUCUAAAGAAGACAGCCACAAAAGGAGACAAGAAAAAAAAGAAAGAUGUGGCUGAAGAGAUUGCGAAACUAGAGAGUGAAAUCGAAGCCAGACACGCUGCAGAAUUGAAGAAAAUUCAGGAAUCCUCAUCUGAAAUUCAAAAGGUUUCUGAUCAACUGGAGGAUGUCAGUUUGGAUGGGAAGGGUGAAGGCAAAGUGACAAAGGCUCAACGAAGAAGAGACAAAAAGCUAGAUCAAGCUAGAGAGAGACUGCAACUGAUUGAAGAACAGGAUAAGGCAAAUCUUCUAGGAAUUAAGCACUUGGAAACCCAGAAAAUUAAAAGCAUUUUGGCCAAGCGAAAACUUACCUUCUUUGAAGUACCUUCUGAUGGAAACUGCAUGUACGCUGCCUUAGUGCAUCAAAUUAACCGUGGAGGUGUAGCCCAGUCAGUGCAGCAGCUUCGUAAUCUAGCGGCCGAUUAUAUGCGUUCCAAUAUGGAUGAUUUCUUGCCGUUCAUGGACGAGGUAGAGAACGAAGAACAAUACAUGAAAUACUGCGAAGAUGUUCAACGGACCUCUGCGUGGGGGAGCCAGCUGGAGUUGAGAGCUCUGAGUCAAGUUUUACGACGUCCCUUCGAAGUCGUGCAGGCCGAAGGUCGUCCUGUUGUCAUAGGGGAAGAAUUCCUGGAUUCAUCAUCUACUCCGGUCCUUCUCACUUACCAUCGACACAUGUACGGACUGGGAGAGCAUUACAACAGCGUCCAGACCCGACCAGCUGGCGACGACGAGGACAACGGCCAUUGAGACUGGUUCUUUCUCUCUCCUCCCUUCAAUAAUCUUCAGCUGCAUCCAAACUUGCGAGAGACAACGUAACGUACGCCUCCCUCUCCUGUUCUUCACGGUGUUCCUCUUCGUACAGCGAUGAAACUACGCCAUUACCAUCACCACCACCAAAGAAGACCUUCACUAUCAACAACUUGGACGCUAUUUUACUUUGUUAGCCCGACUGAUGGGAUUGAAUAAAAACAAGUUCGUACGAUG